AUGCGCACUGGCAUCGCCACCAGUCUCAUCGCUCUCCUGCUCCUCGUCGCAACGGCACACGCACUCCACGUCGAGGAUGCCCCAAUUGUGACGAGGAAGUUUGUGGACCACAUCAAUCGUCUCAAUGGUGGACUGUGGACGGCAAGUUACACGAGGGGGAUGAAGCACAUGACGACGCGCAAGGCCAUGCGGCUCAUGGGCGCGCUCAGAAAAAGCACCAGUACUCUGCCUAUGCGGAGUUUCAGCAAAGAGGAGCUGCGAGUGCAGCUCCCCGACAGCUUUGAAGCUGCUGAGAAGUGGCCCAGGUGCCCCACCAUCACGGAGAUUCGCGACCAGUCGGACUGCGGCUCUUGCUGGGCUGUGGGCGCCGCCUCGGCGAUGUCGGACCGUUACUGUACGAUUGGCGGUGUGCGCGAUGUCCGCAUCUCCGCUGGUGAUCUGAUGUCGUGCUGCUCGGCGUGCGGCUUCGGCUGCAACGGCGGCUACCCCGAUGAGGCGUGGAGCUACUUCGUCGAGAUGGGCAUCGUGUCGGAGUACUGCCAGCCCUACCCCUUCCCCGCCUGCGCGCACCACGUCAACAGCAGCGUGUAUCCGCCCUGCCCGUCGGGGAGCGACGAAACCCCGUCGUGCAACGCCACCUGCACCGACAAGACAAUCCCCCUUAUCAAGUACAAAGGCAACAGCAGCUACACUGUGAAGGGCGAGGAAGGCUACAAACGGGAACUGUACCUGCGCGGCCCUUUCGAGGUCGCAUUCAAUGUAUUCGAGGACUUCAUGGCAUAUCAGAGCGGCGUGUACAAGCACGUCGCCGGCGGAUUACUCGGUGGCCACGCAGUGCGCAUUGUCGGUUGGGGCGAGCUCAACGGCACGCCUUACUGGAAGAUCGCGAACAGCUGGAACGACGGGUGGGGCAUGAACGGUUACUUCCUCAUUGCACGUGGGAAGAAUGAGUGCGAUGUCGAGCGAAGCGGCAGCGCCGGAACACCAAGCAUUCCCGUUGUAUAG